CAUGCGGCGAUGCCCAUGUGCAUCGCCUUGCGUGGCACCAGCGCUCUCCAGUCCCCCACUCCACCUCCACAGUCCAGUAAUCCAGUCUCGGAUCGCCAGGCGGGCAGCGCCGCCGUAGGAUGAGCUUGGCUUCAGCCGUUCCUUCCGCGUGGGCAUCCCCGGCAUUGACGAGGGACACCGCGGGCUCCUGUCGUCGGGCCUGCAUACGCCACCAUCCGCUCGGUGGCGCGCAGGUGCGCUCCGCGUGCGGAUUAGCCUGCCGCUACACGCGUGGCGGCGCACGGCGGCUGCCGGUCGCUCUUGCGGCUGGGGGCAGUUCAGUUGGUGAUGUUUUUGUUACAGAGGGCUCAACAAAUGUGAAGUUUCCUCAGGAGUUAAUAGUUCCAGGCUACACAGGCUCUUUGGUUAUACUUGGCACAGGUUACAGAGAUAAGUUCUUUGUCAAAGUAUAUGCUGCAGCAUUCUAUGUGGAUUACUCACUUGGCAUUGACACUGCGCAGUGGAAAGAAAAGAUUGGUAUUGAGAGCUUUGAUUCUAACUCUGUUUUCAAUUCCAUUUUCAAAGCACCGGUUGUGAAAUCAUUGAGUAUUAUCCUUGUUAGAGAUGUUGAUGGCAAGACCUUUGUGAAUGCUCUGAAUGAUGUCAUUGCUCGCCAAAUAAAAAACCCAAAUGCUGAGGAAGCAUCUUCCUUAUCAACGUUCCAGAAUACCUUUCUUGGGCGCAAUCUCAAACAGGGCACAAGCAUAUAUUUAACUUGGCUUGAACCCUCAAGAAUGCUGAUCUCCAUUUCAGAAAAUCAAGAUCUAAGUCAAGUCGAUGCAGAGAUAAAAUCUGCUACUGUUAAUUAUGCUCUAUACGAUGGCUUCUUUGGUAAUUCUCCCGUGUCGCCUUCGCUGAGAUCAUCUACUGCUCAGUUGCUGGAAGCUCUUCUUACAAAGUGACAGUAAAGUCAUGGUCUGCCUAUACGUGGUUGAUGGGUACGGAUAGGGAUGCAAGUACCCAAUAGUUUGUUGUCAGCUGAUAAAAUUACGAUGGCAUGUCACUCUAUUUUAUUUUCCCUCCCAAAUUAUUUACACAGAAUGCCAUUCUAGUGCAUUUUAUCAAUAUUUUUUAUCGACCCAAUGAUCCAAAAUAUGUAUAACUUGUAUCCCUAGGUGCGGAUGAGUAGUCCCUCUUAUUCCCGAGAAACGCGUCCGGGUACCCAUGAUUAAUAGCCUCUUUGAUACAGGAAACUAAUUUAAUUCUGAGACAGUUCGUAUGUAUA